AUGCAGCGUACUUCGUUUGAAGUGGUCUUUGACCCGUCUCGUACAGACUCGUUUGUCACGGUUUCAGCCAAGUUCAUUGACAGCAGUCUCACUUCCUACUACGGUGGUAAUGUCCCACCAGUGGUGCCACUCCAGCUCUCCGAUGGUAAAAAAAAAGUCUAUGUAGGGUGCCUGACGGGUCGGCCACACAAUUUACAGACUUUUAAAUUAUUCAUACCUAUUGUUCUUGGUGAGGAUAUGGGGUUAAAGGGUGGUGAAAUUGUACAGUGCGUACCUGUGUACAAUCCCGCCAAGGCAGUUAGAGUCUUGGUAUCUCCCGCUUCUGUGGAUGAUAGCGAAGUUGUGGAACAGAAUGCUCUCCGGAUUGAGGGCCAGCUGCUACGACAUGUCCAGGUGGUAUUCCCUGGUAUGACUAUCAGUGUCGUUGUCUUUGAUGGCGCUCAUGCGAAGGUCGUGGUCCAACGUAUUGAAGAUGCUCAUGAUCAUGAGCUGAAAACUGGAUGUGCUGUGAUGAUGGAAGGAACUGAAUUUGUUAUUGCCACUAAAAAGAGACAGGUCUCUCAGAGUGGGGAGGCACCAAUGUGGACUAUGUUGCGUUGUCAUGCGCGGGCCCGUCAUGAGCAAACAGCUGUAACGAAGACUGCGAAUGCCGAGUUGUCACUUCUCGUCAGUCCAGUAACAGCAGAGCUUUACCAUUGGAAAGAAGGUCAAAUUGUUGGUUUUUUUGAUCUCGCGCGCACUUCGCAACUUCUUGAAGGAAAGCAGAUUACACCCUCCUUUCUACGGUCAAAUGCCUGGAAAGCGCCUAUUCAGUUAAUUGAUGGAAUUCCGGAUGGUGUGUGCUCGUGUGCUAUUUUUGAGAAAGCUUCCAACUUGGUUGUUUUCCCAAAUCCAGACGAUAAUGUGCCAAACGUCACAGAGAAGGAUCUUGGAGCUGCUCUCUGUGGUAGUUCUUCACUCUUCCAAGCGAAGAGUCUCUUGUGCUACGAGGAAGUUGUGGCAGUGCAUGGGGUUGCAGCUAGUGAACUUUUACGGCACUUGAAGACUUGGUUCACAAAUAUGAGGGAGCCAAUAUCUUGCAACUCUCUUGAAGGAAAAAAUGGCAAUGUUCUAUUGUGCGGCGGGAAUGGGUACGGUAAGACUACUGUUGUUGAUGCUGUAUUGGGCGAGCUUGAUGAUGUCCAUGCAUGUGCAGUUCAGUGCACAUCUGAUAAAAAGUUUUUGUCGUCCUUGCAAGAAGCUUUGGCAGAGUGUGUGAUGAGUGCACCUUCUGUUCUCAUCCUGGACAACUUUGAUGUGGUGGCCCCACUGCAAAAGGAAGGAUCGGUGACAGCUAUUAGUGAGGCGACCAAGUCUAUAUUGGAAGAUACACUGCGAUACUUUAACAAUGUCCUUACUCUUAAUGGACAAAGCUCUGUAGUUAUUGUGGCUACCUGUGGAAAUCGUGAAGAUGUUCACGAAAGUCUCCGCUCAGCAAGCUGUUUUGCCAAGGUGAUUAAGCUUGAAGCAUUGAAUCGUAAAACACGGUUUACCUUGGUAAAACAACUUUUCCCAAAUGAAACAAUAGAUGAUGUGGAGAAGUUGAGUGCAAUGAUGGAUAAUUUUACACCAUUCGACAUCAAAAAAAUAUCUGUACGCAUCAAGGCUUCUCUCCGGGAUGGGAAAUUAUCUUCCGUAGAUGCAGCAAAGGAUGCAAUAGUCUCUUUUACUCCAUUAUCCCACACUGGAAUAAAUUUUCUUAAGGGUGAAAAGGAAUCGUUGGAUUCGAUUGGAGGCCUCUCUGCUGCAAAGAAGGUUUUAUUUGACACACUGGUACUACCAAUGAAGCACCCAGAACUUUUUGCACGGCUACCGUUGAAGACACGUAGUGGAGUUCUUCUUUAUGGUCAUCCAGGAUGUGGGAAAACUUUUGUGGUUGAAGCUGUUGUGAAUUCUGAGGGUUUAAAUUGCAUCGUCGUCAAUGGACCCGAGGUUUUUGGGAAAUAUAUUGGUCAAAGUGAACAGAAGAUCCGUGACGUUUUUGAGCGAGCUCAGGCGGCUGCACCCUGUGUUGUUUUCUUUGAUGAGUUCGAUUCGGUGGCUCCACAGCGAGGUGUGGAUAACUCGGGUGUAACGGAUCGUGUCGUCAAUCAGCUUUUGUGUUAUCUGGAUGGUGUGGAGGGGCGAAAAGAUGUCUAUGUGGUGGCUGCGUCGAGCCGUCCCGAUCUCAUUGAUGCAGCCCUUCUUCGACCCGGUAGGUUAGACAAGGCUGUUCAAUGUCCCAUUCCAUCAUAUGAAGAACGUUUGGAAAUAUUGAUUAAUUGUUUUAAGAAGGUUUCUGCAGAAUUAACGCAAGAAGAGAUGGAGGACAUAGCAAGGCAAACGGUUAACUGGACCCCAGCGGAUUUAUCUGGCCUAGUGUCAUUGGCAAACCUCCACGUGAGCCGACGCGUCAUUGCUAAAUUAUCGCAUGGUGGAAACGAAGUGGAGAAUGCUGAAAGUGAAUUCACUGUGGCCAAUGUGGGGGGCGGGACGACGCGUGAAAAGGUUGAGGACGCCUUGAAACCCUUACUUAGUAUCAAAAAGCAAAAACAGGUCCUUGACGUUGUCGCCCAUAUCGUCAUGGAGGACGUUAAGAAUGCGAUGGCAGUUACGCGGCCUUCGCUCACUUCAAAAGACAUUUUAAAGUACGAAAGAAUUCAUCGCAUCUUUAGUGGGGAAAAGGCUGGCGACAACGCAAUGGAGGUGGGGAAAAAACUGGCCUUGCAGUGA